AUGGGCAGCGUUCAAGAGCCGCUCCUCGGUGAGACCCUGCUUCAAGCGGCAAUGAGGCUGGAAACAGCCGAUUUCAAUGAGGUUCCAGUCAUCGAUCUAGGGGGCCUCACCAGCAGUGACAUCAACGACCGUUUGGCUGUUGCACGGGAAAUUCGCGAUGCCUGCAUCCGUGUCGGGUUCUUCUACAUCAAGGGUCACGGUGUUCCCCAGGAAGUCAUUGAUCGGGCGUUCGACGUGUCGAAGAAAUUCUUUGCUCUGCCCGACCAAGACAAGAUGGAAGUUUACGUCACCAAGAAUGAGAGCUUCAAAGGCUACGAGGAUAUCCAUUACGGUGCGGUAGACCCGCAGACGAAAGGAGACUUCAAAGAGGCGUUCAACUUUGGCUACGAGCCUGCGGCCGAUGCCCAGACUCCUGCAUCCGAGCCGUGGCCGCUGUACGACGGCCUGAAGGGUCCCAACGUCUGGCCGAGGAGUUUCCUUGAGGAAUGGAAGCGAGACGUCUUCGCAUACUACAGCGAGGUCCUCAACCUCGGCAGGCGGAUGAUGAGAGUGUUUGCCCUCGUGCUGGACCUCCCGGAAGGAUAUUUCGACGCCAUCCUCACUCGCCCGGGCGCUAUCAUGCGGCUGCUGAGGUAUCCCGCCUCGAGACUCGAUCCCGACCAUCCCGGCAUUGGAGCGCAUAGGGACUAUGAGUGCUUCACAAUUCUGUGCCAGGACGACACCAAUGGCCUACAGGUUCAGACCAAGAAGGGAAAUUGGAUCGAAGUGACGCCAAUCCCCGGCACCUUCGUGGUCAACAUCGGUGAUUUUCUUUCCCGUUGGACGAACGAAGUCUUUCGCUCGACCUUGCACCGCGUCUACAACGUUUCCGGCCGCGAACGGUACUCUUUUCCAUUGUUCAUCGGGCCGAACUAUACCACUCAGAUCGAGGCGAUUCACACUUGUGUCAAUGAUGAAAACCCCGCUAAAUUCCAGCCUUUCAUUGCUGGAGAGGUAAGUGGUGUACAUGUUUGCUUCUACCGUUCAAGAUAG